AAAGCGGCGAGCCCGGCCCCCCGCCCUUCGCGGCCUCCGCCUCUCAUCUGCACCCAAAGCUGGGCUCCGGCUGACGUCACCUGCCCCCGAGCCGCGCGCGCUGAUUGGCUGCAGGUGACGUCAGGGCCUUUUUUCGCUCCGCAUGACCUCAUCCCCGCCGGCGGCCCCGCCCUCCGCCCCGGGCCUGUCACUCGCGGGCGAGCAGUGGCCAAGCGGUGGCCGUCCAAACGCCGAGCCCCAGCCGAGCCCGAGCUGAGCAGCCCCGGCCGCGCCCGCCGAGCCGCGGGUGGGAUGCGCGCCGGGAGUGCGCGUGCCCGCCCGCAGAGCGCGCGCCCCGGCCCGAGCCCGCGCUCCCUGCGGCGGCCGUGGCGGCGACGGCGGCGACGGCGACGCGGCCCGCACGCUCCCCGGUCCCCUGCCCCGGCGGCGUGGGCCCCGGCCGGGCCCAUGGGCGGCGCGUCUGACCCUGCGCGCUGAGCGCGACGCAACCCGGUGCGCCCGAGGCGACGUGAACGAGGUCUGGUACCAUGCCCGGUCACUCUGAACCCUAGGCCACACCUGGGCCAUCGGAGCAGCCCCUGCUCACUUCAGGGGACACCUCCUCCCCACUGCGCACUGCCUGCCAUGGCCGGGGACCGGCUCCCCAGGAAGGUGAUGGAUGCCAGGAAGCUGGCCAGCCUGCUGCGGGGCGGGCCUGGCGGGCCCCUGGUCAUCGACAGCCGCUCCUUCGUGGAGUACAACCGCUGGCAUGUGCUCAGCUCCGUCAACAUCUGUGGCUCCAAGCUGGUGAAGCGGCGGCUGCAGCAGGGCAAGGUGACCAUCGCAGAGCUCAUCCAGCCCGCCGUUCGCAGCCAGGCAGAGGCUGAAGAGCCUCAGGACGUGGUUGUCUAUGACCAGAGCACCCGGGAUGCCAGCGUGCUGGCUGCAGACAGCUUCCUCUCCAUCCUGCUCAGCAAGCUGGAUGGCUGCUUCGACAGUGUGGCCAUUCUCACAGGGGGCUUUGCCACCUUCUCCUCCUGCUUCCCCGGCCUCUGUGAGGGCAAGCCUGCUGCCCUGCUGCCUGUGAGCCUCUCCCAGCCCUGCCUGCCCGUGCCCAGUGUGGGCCUGACCCGCAUCCUGCCUCACCUCUACCUGGGCUCUCAGAAGGAUGUCCUCAACAAGGAUCUGAUGACCCAAAACGGAAUAAGCUACGUCCUCAAUGCCAGCAACUCCUGCCCCAAGCCGGACUUCAUCUGCGAGAGCCGCUUCAUGCGCAUCCCCAUCAACGACAACUACUGUGAAAAGCUGCUGCCCUGGCUGGACAAGUCCAUCGAGUUCAUCGAUAAAGCCAAGCUGUCCAGCUGCCAAGUCAUCGUCCACUGUCUCGCCGGCAUCUCCCGCUCCGCCACCAUCGCCAUCGCUUACAUCAUGAAGACCAUGGGCAUGUCCUCCGACGACGCCUACAGGUUUGUGAAGGACCGGCGCCCAUCCAUUUCUCCCAACUUCAACUUCCUGGGCCAGCUUCUGGAGUAUGAGCGGAGCCUCAAGCUGCUGGCUGCCCUGCAGGGCGACGGGGUGCCCCUCCCCGGGAUGCCCGAGCACCUCCCAGGCCCUGCAGCCCCCCUGCCGCCACUGCCACCACCUACCUCAGAGAGUGCUGCCACAGGGAGUGCAGCAGCCAGCUCGGCCAGGGAGGGCAAGCGGGGCACAGGCCGGGAGCCCCCCUCGCCUGCCGCAGCCCCUGCUACCAGCGUGCUGCAGCAGGGCCUGCGCAGCCUGCACCUCUCCUCCGACCGCCUCCAAGACACCAGCCGCCUCAAGCGCUCCUUCUCGCUGGACAUCAAGUCAGCCUACACCCCCAGCCAACGACCUGAUGGCCCCGGGGCCCCUGACCCUGGCGAGGCCCCCAAGCUCUGCAAGCUGGACAGCCCAUCGGGGGUGCUAGGCCUGCCCUCGCCCAGCCCUGACAGCCCAGAUGCAGCAACCGAGUUGCGCCCGCGGCCCCGCCGGCGGCUCCGACCUCCGGGGGGCUCCCCCGCCCGCUCACCUGCACAUGGCCUCGGCCUGAACUUUGGGGACACUGCCCGGCAGACUCCACGGCACGGCCUCUCAGCCCUGUCGGCGCCCGGGCUGCCUGGCCCAGGCCAGCCGGCCAGCCCUGGGGGCUGGGCACCGCCCCUGGACUCGCCAGGCACGCCGUCGCCAGACGGGCUCUGGUGCUUCAGCCCUGAGGGUGCACAGGGGGUGCAGCUUUCGCCCCUCGGCCUGGCCGGCCCACAGGGCACGGGCAGCAGUGAUUUGCGACGGCGGGAGGCGGCGAGGGCCGAGUCCCGGGAUGCGAGGACCAGCUGGCCCGAGGAGCCAGCCCCAGAGACGCAAUUCAAGCGUCGAAGCUGCCAGAUGGAGUUCGAGGAGGGCAUGGUGGAGGGGCGCGCCCGCAGUGAGGAGCUGGCGGCUCUGGGCAAGCAGGCCAGCUUCUCCGGCAGUGUGGAGGUCAUCGAGGUGUCCUGACGGCGGCCAGCAUCGGCCCCUCCGUGGGGACCUGGUGCCCCUGAGCCCUGCGCUGCCCUCGGCUGGGCCGCCAGCAGCCGGGCCCACUACGGAUAUAUAUUAUAUAUAAUGCAGAGAAAGGUAAAUGGUUUUACUGCGAUUUUUAUCGAGAAGUAAAUAUUUCGAUUUUUUAUUUAUUGAAGCUGUUUGUUCUGGCAAUGGCUUGGCAACAGCGAGGGUGGUCCUCCAAGCUCUAUUUUUAGUCUGGUAAUUAAACUGAGACACGUUUCUAAGCAAUAUGAGGCCACCUUUCAGUCGCAAGCUGGGUGCCAGGCUCGGGGUCCCCUCCCCGCCAGCCCCACCCUGAGGAAACACUGCUGACCAUUGCAAAGAGGCUGCCGAGCUUUCGUGCACUUUUUACUUAAGAAAAAGGGAAAAAAGGAAAAAAAACACACACACACACAAAAACCUUGCCACAAACUGAGCCGCAGAAACUCCCGCCUACCCUCCUGCCUACCCCUCUCCACACCCGCCUCCUUUCUCGGGCUGUGCACCAAAGCCAUGGGAGCUAUGGUCCAGGAGUCCCUGCUCCCCCUCUGCCAGCCCCAGGCACUGUGUGUUGGUGCCAGUGAGGACACCAUCACCACCCGUUUCCCCAGGCCCGUGCCUGGCAGGUGCUGACCAGCACUGGGCCUGCCAAGGCUGGGGGCUGGGGUAUAGAACAGGGUAGGAUUGGUGAAGGGGGCUCUUAAGUGUCAGAGGCAGGGGGUCCCAGAACAGGAUGGAGGUGGAGUGCCUCCACACGCGCCUGAGCCAGGCCCACUUUCAGGGGCUCAGCAAGGCUCUUCAGAGGUUGCCUUCCUCCCCUCUGCACUGACAAUGUCCCCGAGCACCCUCUGGGGUGUCUGGCGAGAGGAGCUGAGCUCCCUGGCCUGCCAUGCUGGCUGCACUGGUCAGAAGGCAGAUGGGUUUAGGGUCUUAUUCUGGGCUCUCCCUCCACCAGCCCGCCCCAGGCCAGACUUGUAAGUCAGGUGCACUGCAGGUGAGGGGCUGUGAGGAGUGGCCACCUUGCCGAGGGAGGGCCAUGAGCACCUGUCCAACCCCUCGCUUGCAGGGUGGGGGGCCUUAGGCAACGCAGGAUGUGUCUCUCAAGUCUACCCUGCCCUCACAGGGGCCUCAGAGGAGAGGAACCCCCUGCACACUCCUCUCCCCGAGAGCUCCCCCCUCUGAAGCCUCCCUUAUCUUCCAGGUGGCGUGCUGGUCCCCACCCAGGCAGAGGGGCUCAGCUGGGCUGGCCUGGGAGUGAGGGCAGGAGAAAAGGCCCAGCCACCUGGCCCCACACCCACUGGGGUUAUUGGGACCCAAGGUGUUUAGAGUAGAUGUCCCCCAACCUUAGAAGUCCUAGGGUCCAGGAUGUGGAUGGAGCUGGCACCCUAGGGAAGCUGGCAGGAGGGGUGGCCCCGGCAGGACUGAGUCCCACCCCCAACUGCCCCUCUGGCUGUUUCUAUUUGUUCUUCUUUGGACUCACAACCUCGUGUCCCUGUCAUGCCUCCCUUAAGCAGAAGUCCUGUUCCUGCUCUCUGUCCCCACCCUGUUCCCCAAGAAAUAAGCUAUCAUUGUUGUAUUUGCAAUCUAUGGAUUAGAGGUUUAAGUAUUUAUUAAUAUUGGUUAAUUAUUAUUAUUAUUGAUUAUGUAAAUUGCCUCCUGUUUGUCUGUUGUGUUGGGUUUCUGAGGUGACACUAGGUGGAGUGCUGUCCAGGAGACAGUGGUCCGGGCCACUCAUGGCCCAGCACUCUGGAGGCAGGUCCCAUGGGGGGCAGGCAGGGGUGCUCUUGCUCUUGAGGCACUGGUCACCCCAAAAGGAGCAGCUGCAACCAGAAGGUCCCCUUUAUGUGCUGGGAGCCCCUCCCUGGUCAUUUCUACUCCCUGUCCCGGGCAGGGAGGGAUGGGCCUCAGUCCUCUCCAAGUCUCCUUCAGCUCUCUACCCUCCUGCCCACUCCCCACCCCAUGCUCUGGUCUUGGGGUGGCCCCAGAAUGGAUCGGCCCCCUUCUAUUAUUUGCUGGGAAGUCCAGUGGAGGAGAGGUGGCAGGCUCCCCCCACUCCACAGCUCCAGUCUCUCAGGACUGGGCUGCCCGGGACCCUCCCCCAGUGCGGCCACACGUUCUGCUCCCCUCCUGUCCCCUCUUUUGUAUUUGGGAAAAUUGUGUUGUAAUAAAUCCUGAGAUGGAUGUUUUC